ACUCAAGGGCACCGACCGGCCCCGCCCCCUUCGGCGGACCAAUCAGCGGCACGCGUAGGCGGGGAGUUCAGCCGCCGGCCGAUCUAGUCGAUCUGCAGGCCCUAGUGGCCUGCGCGCGCCGGAGAGCUCCUUACAGGAUGCUGUGUUCCCUGCUCCUUUGCGAGUGUCUGCUGCUGCUCACUAGCUAUGCUCAUGAUGAUGAAUGGAUCGAUCCCACAGACAUGCUCAACUAUGACGCUGCUUCAGGAACCAUGAGAAAGUCUCAGGUGAAAUAUGGUAUAUCAGAGAAAAAAGAUGUCAGUCCUGACUUGUCAUGUGCUGAGGAAAUGUCAGAAUGUUACAGCAGACUUGAUUCUUUAACUCAUAAGAUUGAUGAGUGUGAAAAGAAAAAGAGAGAAGACUAUGAAAGUCAGAGUAAUCCUGUUUUUAGGAGAUACCUCAAUAAGAUUUUAAUUGAAGCUGGAAAGCUUGGACUUCCUAAUGAAAACAAAGGUGAUAUGCACUAUGAUGCUGAGAUUAUCCUUAAAAGACAAACAUUACUGGAAAUACAGAGGUUCCUCGGUGGAGAAGACUGGAAACCAGGAGCCCUAGAUGAUGCUCUGAGUGAGAUUUUGAUUAACUUUAAGCUUCAUGAUUUUGAAACAUGGAAGUGGCAAUUUGAAGAUGCCUUUGGAGUGGAUUCACACAGCGUGUUGAUGGUGCUGCUGUGUCUGCUCUGCGUGGUGAUGUUAGUGGCUACUGAGCUGUGGACACGUGUGCGUUGGUACACCCAGUUGAGACGUGUUUUUAUCAUCAGUUUCGUCUUCAGUGUGGGAUGGAAUUGGAUGUAUUUAUAUAAGCUAGCUUUUGCACAGCAUCAGGCUGAAAUUGCCAAGAUGGAGCCAUUAGGAAAUGCAUGUGCAGAGAAGAUGGAUUGGACUGGCAGUCUCUGGGAAUGGUUCAGAAGUUCAUGGACCUAUAAGGAUGACCCAUGCCAAAAAUACUAUGAGCUCUUAUUAGUCAACCCUGUUUGGUUGGUUCCACCAACAAAGGCACUGGCAGUGACAUACACCAACUUUGUAACAGAACCAUUAAAGCACAUUGGAAAAGGAACUGGUGAAUUUAUUAAAGCGCUCAUGAAGGAGAUCCCAGUGUUACUUCAGAUUCCUGUGCUGAUAAUUUUGGCACUGGCUGUCUUGAGUUUCUGCUAUGGUGCUGGAAGGUCAGUCAGUGUGAUGAGACAUUUAGGUGGUCCUGAGAGAGACCCUCCCCGGAGACUGGAGCCAGGUGGUAGAAGAUGGCAGAAUGCAAUCGAUGAUAGACACCUUGGCGGAGCAGGUGAUGCAGAUUUGUAUUACAGGGGCCGUGCUGGCUCCAUUGAGCAAGGCCCUUAUGACAAGACUCGUGAGUGUAGAAGAGAUGUUUUGAGGGAGAGAGAUGUUGACUUGAGAUUUCAGAGUGGCAACAAGAGCCCUGAAGUGCUCCGGGCAUUUGAUUUACCAGACACAGAGGCACAAGAGCAUCCCAAGGUGGUACCCAGUAAUAAGUCACCUCUUCUGGAUACAAAGCCCAGAGAGAUUGUUGAGAUGGCAGGAGAAAGCAGCCAGUCUGCCGCUGCAGGGGCCCCUGAAGGCUCACCUGGCCUGGAAGAGACCCUGCUGGAGAGCAAAGCUGGAGGCCGCCCCCAGGAGGACACUGUCUGCAGUGCAGCACAUGGAAGGGAUCCUGUGAGCAGCCCCUGUGGCUAGAGCAACGGAUGUGGGCCACAGCUCCGGUGUCUUCUUUUGAGUUUUGUAAAGUAUAUUCUUAACAAGUUUAUUCACUCUUCCCUACAUAUAUUGUGGUAUUUGCUACAAAGGUGCCAAUUUACCCAUAUUUUUAAAAAUGAAUAUUCUGGCAAGUAUAUAUUUGGAUAAUUAAGGUGACUGAAUUAGGAGACACUGAAGAAGAAACUUCGUUUGCAGGCAGUGUGCAUUCCCUAGUAGAGUCCUGUAACACCUGUUUUAGCUCACAGAAUAACCCCUUAGCCAGUAGCCGUGCCACAGUGUCCGUCCCGCUGACACCCGUUUUUCUCUGCAUGGGCCGGCACAGAUCCGUGUGGCCUCCUGGUCUCCUCGCUGCUGUGGCUGUGAUUGGCCCUGCUUCUUACACCUUUGUGUGGUACAGAAAUGAAGAUCAGCGUAGGAAUUUACACGAGCACAGCUUGCUAUAUCCAUAAGCCUGUUUUACACUGUCAGAACACUUUUGAGAAGGGCUAUAUUCUUUCUGCUCAAUGAAUCUUACAGGCUUUGUAAAAUCUGUUUUUCUUCUUGCUCAGAAACCUAGCAAUUGGCACUGUUAGGUAUUACUGUAGCCUAUUUAUGACAGAGCAUAUUGUCUUGGCUAUGUGAUAAUCGAAUUUUUAUAGAUCUGACCUAGAGAACAUUCUGAUAAGGAAAACAGAAUAGGGUGUUUUCAUUACUGUAAUAGGUAAAUCAAAGUUUUUCAUUUAACAUUUAAAAUCUGGUUUCCUGGUUUCAUAGUUUUGAGGCAGGGUGUUGCUCUGUAGCAUAGGCUGGCUGGCCUGGAACUUGCUGUGUAUCCUACUUAACCCGGCCACGAGCUCAUCAUCCUGCCUCACCUCCUAGGUAGUGGGAUUAUAGGUGUAUUCCAUCACACCUGGCUAGUUCCCCUAAUUUGAAAAAGCAUUCUUGGGGAUGCUGAGGCAGGAGGAUUGCUACGAGGCCAGCCUGACUACAUAGUGAAAUCCUGUCUCAAAAAAAAUCUUCAUUUUAAAUCUUUCUUAAAGCACUUUGGGCUGGGGAUUUAGCUCAGUGGUGUAAGUGCCUGCCUGGCAAGCACGAGGUCGUGAGUUUGAUAAAAAGCACUUUAUAAAUUUUGCAAAUGUCCUUAGCUAGCAGACUACAUACAUUCAGUUGUCCUUUGUUUUAACCAUAUUCAUACUAGGAGUUAUAUGCAGCCAAUUUCUAGAAAUGCUAUCUGUCAAGAAUACAGUCUUAAAUUUCAAGCAGGCAUUUCUCAAAGUAGGUGCUUUUAGAUAUUUUCAGCAUGAAAUGCAGAAUGGAAUAUCCCUAUUUGGCUCCAGAAGUAUUAGGUGACUGAAACAAUUUUACCUAUUGAUAUUAUUUUCUAAUUUAAUACUGUAAACCUAUUUAGUAUUGCAUCUGAACGGUAAUCAUUUUCAUGGAAGAAAUACAAAAAGAUUUUAACAUUAGCACAGAGCAGGCAUGUAACAAAUGGGUGAGGGAAAUGAUGCCUGCAGUUUAGAGAUCUGUGAACAUCUGUGUAGUCCUCAGAGGCCGGACUUGUACUGCUCUGGGUGGACUUUUCCUGUCAGCUGUGAUGUGGCUCUGAAGAGAAGCCAAUGCCUAGGUGAACAGUUACUGCGAGGGGAGAGGAAUGCUUCUUGCACUUUUGACUGCUUUCAGUCCUCAAAUGAACCCUUUUUAAAACAGUUAAAAUUUCAUCUUUGUAUCCUUUCAUUACAGAUAACCAUUUGGGGAUGGAACCUACCUUAGCAACUUAGUGAGGCAGCAUGUCACCGCUGCUGAAAGACUGCAGCAGGUCAGGGAAGACCUGAUUAAAGCAAACUGAACCUAUCAAAGCCACUUACUCAGAAGAGAGAUAGAGCUUGUUUGCUGACUGGUCAUCCUUGCCACUAAAAUUAAGGCUCAUUGUAUAAAAAGGUUUUGAGAAAAUCAGAAUGGGAACAAAUAGCUGUUAAAAGCCUUUUUUAAAUAGAAUGGACAGUGUUGAAUGUUUAUGGGAACUAAGAACCACUGUACACCAAAUAAACAUUUACUUUUACAUCA